AUGAAGCAAAGGUGCAAUGACAUGGGCUAGCAACAGGCAUCUAGGAAAAGGAGAAAUCUUACAACAUAGCCACACACUGUGAGUCUGACAGUCUCUUGACACACAUUGAAAUGCAUUGCUUAGUGCUGUGGAGAAAUAGCCCCAUGUCUUGUGAUCUGUGUUAUGAAUGGGCGGUGGGAAAACUGAGCAUGGGUAAAUCACCCUGUCUCUCUUUCUUGCCAUCUCUAAGGUCACCCUACAUUACCCCACCUCCCACUAUAAUCUGCUUCCUGUGUUGGCCAUGCCUGGGUGGAGCUGCCUGGUGACUGGAGCAGGAGGGUUUCUGGGCCAGAGAAUCGUCCACAUGUUGGUGCAGGAGAACGACCUGGAGGAGAUCAGGGUCCUGGACAAGGUCUUCAGACCAGAAACCAGGAAAAAAUUCUUCAACCUCAAGACAAACACAAAGGUGUCAGUGCUGGAGGGAGACAUUCUGGAUGCCCAGUACCUGAAGAGAGCCUGCCAGAGCAUCUCUGUGGUCAUCCACACCGCUGCUGUCAUUGAUGUCUCAGGGGUCUUUCGCAGACAGACAAUCCUAGAUGUGAAUCUGAAAGGUAGACAGUACCUAUUGGAAGCCUGUGUCCAAGCUAGUGUGCCAGUCUUCAUCUUCACCAGCUCAGUGGAGGUGGCAGGGCCCAACUCCUACAAGCAGAUCAUCUUGGAUGGCCAUGAAGAAGACAAUCUAGAAAGUACAUGGUCUGAUCCAUAUCCAUACAGCAAAAAGAUAGCUGAGAAGGCAGUGCUGGCAGCCAAUGGGUGUACCCUGAGAAAUGGUGGCACAUUACAUACUUGUGCCUUAAGGCCCAUGUACAUUUAUGGGGAAAAAAGCUCAUUCCUUUAUGACACAGUAACUUGUACUCUGAAAAAUAAGGCUGUUUUGGAUACUACUGGCAAAUUCUCUAGAGCCAACCCAGUGUAUGUGGACAACAUUGCCUGGGCACACAUUCUGGCUGCCAGGGGCCUACGAGACCCCAAGAAGUCACCCAACAUCCAAGGACAGUUCUAUUACAUCUCAGAUGACACCCCUCACCAAAGUUAUGAUGAUUUAAAUUAUGCCCUGAGCAAGGAAUGGGGCCUCCGCCUUGAUUCCAGUUGGAGCCUUCCUCUGCCCCUGCUCUACUGGCUUGCCUUCCUGCUGGAAACUGUGAGCUUCCUGCUGAGUCCAUUCUACAACUCCCGGCCCCCCUUUAAUUGCCGUUUGGUUAUACUUUUAAACAGCAUGUUUGCCUUCUCCUACAAGAAAGCCCAGCACGAUCUCGGCUAUGAGCCGUGUGUCACCUGGGAGGAAGCCAAGCAGAAAACCUCAGAGUGGAUCAGAACACUAGUGGAACAGCACAAAGAGACAAUGAACUCAAAGACUCGGUGAUGUAAAGAUGGCAGGGACAUGGCCCUGGGUGUUAUCAGAAAUCAUCCUCAGGUCCUCAGAAAGGAUACAGGCACAACCCAGGUCCUACUGCCACCCUUUGACAUAAAAGCCAACUUAGUGUCUUCCUAAAGUACCCAGAAUCCUUGCCAGGCACUGACCCAGCCACAAGCUUUCUUCCCCAAACACCUGCCCAGAGACACACAGGCCAUUGUGCCUCAGCUCCUGGUUUCUAACUACUAAGCGCUUCUUGUUGCUCAGAGAUCUCUCCAUGGGCUUCAACUCCCCAUUAACAGCAUUUCUCAUCUUUGGAAAAUUCUGCUUUGGUUUAUGCAGUUGAGUGAAAGAAACAAUAAA